CCCGGCGGCGCCGCAGCCGCAGCAGCGCGGCGGGACCGCCCGGGGAUGCAGCCGCGCUAAGAACAAAAGCCCCUGAACGCGCUCACGCUCCGCGGCUUCCGAGCGGCCCCGCUGGGAUCUCUCAGCCCUUCCUCCGCCCGGACGGAUCGACUCCCCGGAGCCCAACCCUGCCCGCCGUCCAGGGAGGGGCGGCCGCGACCCGGACCCCCGGCAUCGCCCCAGCACCGCGCUGCCUCCUGAAGCCCGGCAUCGCCCCGGGACCCCGGCAUCGCCCCGGAUCCCGGCACCGCACUGCCUCCUGGUCCCUCCGGCAUCGCCUCAGGACCUCAGCACCGCCCCGGAUUCCGGGACUCCGGCAUCGCCCAGGAACCCCCAGCACUGCCCCGGAUCCCGGCAUCGCCCCGGACCCCCGGCACCGCCCCGGCAUCGCCGCGGGACCGCAGUGCCUCCCGAGCCGCAGCAUCGCCCCGGCCCAGCGCCGCUCCCCGCCGGCCGCCGCGGGACCUUGGCUUUGCCCUUCGCACGGCAGGUGGCGGGUCCAUCCGAGAAGGAUGCGUUUCUUGCCGUGGGGAUUGUGGCUGCUGUGUGUCGCCUCCGCGCCGGCCCGCGGUGACAGCGGCAACAAGGCGAGGAGCUGCGCCGAGGUGCGGCAGCUCUAUGGGGCCAAGGGCUUCAGCCUGGGCGGCGUGCCCCAGGCCGAGAUCUCCGGGGAGCACCUGCGAAUCUGCCCACAAGGCUAUACCUGUUGCACCAGUGAGAUGGAGGAGAACUUUGCAAACAAAAGCCGAAGUGAAUUUGAAGCCAUGAUGAAAGAGACCGGCCGCUCUGUGCAGACGACCCUAAUAGCACAGCACAGAAGCUUUGACAGUUAUUUCCAGGAUUUGUUGAACAAGUCAGAAAAGGUCCUUUAUGAUGCUUUUCCAAGCAUGUACGGAGAAUUGUACACUCAAAACAUGAAGGUCUUCAAGGACUUGUACGGGGAGCUACGCCGCUAUUACCGGGGCUCCAAUAUCAACUUGGAAGAAGCCCUCAAUGAGUUCUGGACGCGCUUGCUGGAGAGGCUCUUCAAGCUGAUGAAUCCUCAGUACCAUAUCACAGAUGAGUACCUGGACUGCAUGGUGAAACACGCAGAGCAGCACAAACCCUUUGGGGAAGUUCCCAGGGACCUGAAGGUGAAGGCAACCCGAGCCUUCAUCGCAGCACGCUCCUAUGCGCAGGGCUUUCUUGUGGGCAGCGACGUGGUCAAAAAGGUGUCUCAGGUACCUCUCAGCCACGAGUGCACGCGUGCCAUCAUGAAGCUGAUGUACUGCCCGCACUGCCGGGGCAUGUCCAGCGUGAAGCCGUGCAACAACUACUGCCUCAACGUUGUGAAGGGCUGCCUGGCCAACCAAGCAGACCUGAACACCGAGUGGAAGUACCUGAUGGAUUCCCUGAUCGUAGUGGCUGAUCGGAUUGAUGGACCGUACAACGUAGACACUGUAAUAGGGACCAUUCACAUGAGGAUCGCUGAAGCUAUUUCUAACCUGCAAGAGAACAAAGACUCGAUUACAGCCAAGGUUUUCCAAGGCUGUGGGAAUCCCAAAAUCAGCACAAAAGGCUCCAGCAGCGAGGACAAGAAAAGGCGAGGGAAAGUCGCGUUAGAAGCAAAAUCCGCUGCACAAGCACUGGAGAUGCUGGUUUUAGAUGCCAAAGGGAAUCUGACAGCUCUCAAGACUUACUGGAUCACCCUGCCCGGCAUCCUGUGCAGCAAAAAAGUAAUGGCCAGCUCUGUGGCAGACGACAAGUGUUGGAAUGGGAUGACCAAGGGCAGUUACCUGCCUGAAGUGAUGGGGGAUGGCUUGGCUAAUCAGAUCAACAACCCAGAGGUGGAAGUGGACAUCACCAAGCCAGAUAUGACCAUUCGCCAGCAAAUCAUGCAGCUAAAAAUCAUGACAAACCGGCUGGGCAACGCUAACAUCGGGAACGAUGUGGAUUUCCAAGACACAAGUGACGACAUGAGUGGCUCAGGAAGCGGUGACAGCUGUCCCGAUGACGUCUGUGGCAAAAGACUUUCUAAGAGCCCCAGCACCAGACAGCCAGAAACGCACGCCAUUCCUAAGCAGUCUGGACACGGCAUCAGUGGGGCCAGCAGCAGAUCUUUGCCUUCUGCCUUCCUCCUCCUGUCAGGGGCUUUUGUCGCCGCGCAGCACCUGUGGCGGUAACUCAUUAGCACAGCCAGGAAAGAGACUGCGGCUGAGGGCUUCACUUUGCCAAAACCAACUAAUGACAGGACACGUUUAAAUCACCUUGGAAAAAAAGAAAACCAAACAAGAAAAAAAAAAAAAAGAGGGAGGAGAAAAUGAUUUCAGUUGUUUGCUACUUCUGGCAGUGCUCGAGCUGAUUUCUUCUUUCUUGGUCUCUUCCCCAAUGCUGGGCCCUUCUUUCCAUACCUCAUUGUUUUACUUUCGUUAUUGCCACAAACGGGCUCUCAGGGCUGAAACAAGCCUUUGUGGAGAGGCCUGCGGGGGACCCCGGCCGGCCCCUCCGAGGGCAGCUCUGCUGCUGCCGCCAGUGGAAUAUGCAAUUGCCCUGAUCUCGUUCCCCAGAGUGCUGCUUCCCACACAGCUGCCGAGAGCACCCGGUGCCCAGAGCAACCGCUUUGUAACGCAGAGACUGAGCUCCUCAGCGCUGCUCAAGUGCUGCAUUCAGGGGCUCUUGGGGGUUUUUCCUCUGUACUUCCCAGGCAGGCAGAGAUGGCCCUUCACUUCCAGUGGCAUCCGCAGGGGGGUGAGCAGGUUUGGUGGGUUGAACUGAAACAGUUUGACUGUUGGACCCAAAACUGCAGAACUCGCUUUUUCUUUGGAAAGGUCACAAGUGAGUUUCUUGACUAGAGCUCGUAGCUGACGACAAUUUGAAAUGUAGAUCUCCUACAUCUGAGUGAUGGGGAAUGAGUGUUAGGGGUUGGGGCUUGGGGUAUUUUUUCUUUGCAUGCUAGUUGGAAAGCCAUUUUUUACCCAAGUAAUAAUGGUCCAAUUUCUACCUGCAGUGCAGUACCGCCGUAGGUAACAGAGAGAUGAAAAUAUGCACAGCAGGAUUCUCCGCCUGACAGAUAGUUGUGCUGCCUCCUCCUCCUCUGGCCCCUGCCGUGGAUGGGAAUCCUUUUUUUUUUUUUUUUUGGUAAUAGGAAAGACCAGGGACUUAAUACUUUGCAUUAUACCUGGUUGUGACAGGCUUGUGCAGGGGUGACCCCCAGGCAGCUGCCGUGGGGCGGAGAGGGGCUGGGAGAAAUCAGCCCUACCCAGGAGACUGCCUCAAGGUAGCACCAACCGGGGGGGAAUGUGAGGACGGGAUGCAUUUUGUUUGGGGUAUCUUUUUUUUGUGGUGUUUGUUCCCGUUGCAUUGUAAGUUUUUAAGUGGAUUCCCGCUUUCCCUGUCCCUUCCCCAUCUUCCCACACACCUUCCCUGGCCGCAGCAGGGCCAGGCUGGGGCAACAGGUCGGACACCCACCCACAGAUCCCUUUUGGCUCAGAAAAGAGCCAGGCUUACCCUCUGCCAACGCCAUCCCACCGCACACCAGCCUCUGGGGCGGGCAGGCGGCUGCCCUAACCCCAAAAUGCUGGGUGGGAUGGACCCCGUGCUAGAUUUUGAGACUGGGAAUGGUCAGUGAAGGUAUAAAUACCCUCACGUAGCUGUAGGAGUGUCUGUGCUUGUAGGGCUGUGGGCACGCAGAGAGCUUCUGUACCUGACAGGUACGGCGAGCAUCACCUGGAGGAGUAGGUUUAGCAGAUGUUACAGGUACAAGAGUGAACGAUUGGGCCAAGAGCACACUCAGGGGUUGGGCUUCAUUCAUACAGGGUUGGGGUUGAGUUUCAAAUGUGUUUGUACUGUGGGCGAGAGGGAGGGCAGAGGUGUAUCUUUCUUCUACUUUGCUGGACUGCACAGCACAUGUUUGAGCAUUUCUCCUCUGUCCUGCCAGAGGAGACACGUCUUCAGGCUGAGCAAACAUUACGGGGCAUGGGGGUUGGCUGUUUUCUAAGAAAGGGGGGAAAAAAACCCCAUUUUUAACAUUAACAGUUCAUAGAAUGUGGAGUUUAAGGGAAGAUGAGAACGUGAUUAUGGUUGGACUCGAUGAUCCAGUGGGUCCUUUCCAACCUGGUGAUUCUAUGAUUCUGUGAGCAAGGUUGUGCUGAAAGCUGGCACAGGCAGGGGUAGAGGGGGCCUGUCUGCCCUCCCUGGGGCAGGGCUUCCACCAGGCACGAGGAGGCAGCAGUAGCUGCUGCCCGCCUUGUCCUGGGGCGGAGUAAUGACACUUAUCAUUCCUCAAAUGAGGCAGAGAUUUUGAGCCAACUUUGACCAGCUGUUCGGAGCAACAGUGACUGAUGUCACCGGUCUCCUCCCUGCCUUGUAUUCGUCACCUUCAGAUCUGACCUGGUAGGGUUUUAGGAAUGAACACAAGGAUGCUGGAUGUUGGAUAAAGGACAGACGCCACCAGUAGACCCAUCAAAACCAAGGAGUGGAUAAAUACAACUCAUGGAUUUAUACAGAUUUAUUUACUCCUAAAAAUACAGCAAGUUCCACAUUUUACUUUUACCGCUCUAAAGAGUUGCUGUCUUUUUUUUUUUUCUGUUUUUUUUUUGUUUUUUUUUUUACCAGAAUUGCCAAUACAAAUUUAGCCUUCAGUUACAUAAAUCCCACUACCAGUCCUGCAGAAACAUUGCAUCCAAAGCAAAGAAACCAAAAAAGCAAGCAGGGGAGGGGGGUAUUAAAGCAUUGGACCCUCUUUAAAAACUGGCUGCGUUGAUUUGGAGCUUUCACAAGUGACUGCCGAGGUCAGUGGUUUGUUUUGCAGAAUGGGAGGCUGAAAGUCCUUGUCAUUCUGUUUCUGCGCAGUUUUUGUUUUGUGUCAGCCUUUCAUCCUCAAAAGCCUCUUCUGGGCCCCAGGGUCGGGGGGAAACACCCUAAAAGGGAAGCCAAGAAUUUACUGAUUGUCCGGUUAAUAUUUUAACGUUUUAAUAAAUAAUUAUUGGUCUUGUUAGGAUAAUGAAACCAAAUAGUCCAAAUGAAUAAGGCAAAGCCUCAAAGAUGCAGUAAAAACUGUUAUGCAGCAGAAACCCUUCUUGAUACCCUUUCCCUCUUUGGCUGGGGUUGUACUCACACUCCAGUGUCCCUCUGGGCCCCGAGGGCGAGUCCUUCAGUCCUGGAGCCAAGCCAGGGACUGGAACAGCAUCCCAGCCUGCAGUGCCAAGUGCUCUUCCCCCUUUUUGCCAGGACAUGCAUGUUGGUGUGGAUGCUUCCUCCCUCCCUGACCCUCGGGCUCCCUGAGUUUAUUUUGUAUACCUUUUCACAUCGUCCACCUGCGCUCCUGUUUUUCUGUCAGUUCUCUGUUGUCCUGUUCCCUUCAUUGCCCCGAAGAUGUUUCCCAACCUGCUGCACUUGGCCAGACCACCUUCCACUGAGGAGCUGAAACGACCAAGUUCCCCGGGGUAUUGACUCGGUAUUGCUCUAAACUGCUGCAAACCAAAAGCAAACUGUAGUUACCCAAGAGUCAGGCAACUGCUGGCACGGCCCAACAAGCUAAGGUCAGCCCAGGGCCAGAGAAGCCCCGAGCCUGCGCUUGGGCUGGUGCAGAGCCUGAGGCCUCUUCAGUGCUUAUAAACGACACCUCCUGGUCCAAGUGCCAUUGCGUUUUGCCUGCUCGAAACCAUUGUGACAAACCUCAGUGGGGGCUGGCAGCUGGCGUGGGGUGGCUGCGCAAACAGGGAGCUCUGGGGAGGGGCAGUGGCUGGGGAGGAACGUUUGAUUUCAUGGUAUCAACAUGGUGAUCCACAGUGUUUUGGUUUGAAAAGGUCUCAUACUUCACAGGGAUGUGGGAGGUGCGCUAGGAAAAAAUAGUAACAAAGACCCCUGUCCCAGGAAAGGAGACAACCAGAGAGAGUGGAUUUCCAAGUGUCUCUGUCUUUCGGCUUGCUCUUCUGUGCCAUAACGUGUGUGUUUAAACUAAGGGUGAGGGUCUCAAAGGCUUUGAGAGCGCAGCUCCUUCUCAUUUACAAAUGACAAAUUGUUUUCUGGUGGGCUUGGUAGGGGCUAAGGUAUAGCAAAAUACCUGAAGCCCACCUUUGCUUUAAACAGAUGCAUUUCUAUCUGCAGGAGUUAAGAAUUAUUUCACUUAUUGGCAUAGCUGGACAGUUAUCUCUUUCUUUCUGUUACCAAGGUACUUGUAACUCUCUUGCACUGUUUAUCUAAAGUUGAAAUACGUUCUUUGAAUCCUUGUAUAAAUAAAAAGGCUGGAGACUUAAAUCUGUAUUUACAGGACAGUUUUAUUUCUUCUCCAUUUAAGUUGAAUUUGGAGUUUUCUUUCUUUUUCCUUGUUAAGGCGCAGGUAAAGGCCAUGUCCAGAGCCCCAAGGAAGAAAAGCUUGCUUUCCGCCACAGGGUUUGUGUGAUGCCAGCGUUGGCCACAGUGGUUUGCCUGUGUUCAACCUUAUGGAAUCCAAAGGAACAGCUGUGAGGGUGGUACAGAUGUGCUGUGUAUGGAAAAAAGGUGGACCUGACUUUGGUCAUCGAAGCAAGUAGGCCAAACAUUCUCUUUCUCAUAGAGAUGCACAAAAAGUCUUGGCAUAACAGUGCAAGGAAUUAGAAAUACCCUUGACAUGUGUCAUUCAUCUUUGAAUCAUAGACUCAUAGAAUAGUUUGGGUUGGAAGGGACCUUAAAAAUCAUCCAGUUCCACCCCCAUGCCAUGGGCAGGGACACCUCCCACUGGCUCAGGCUGCCCAAGGGCCAUCCAACCUGGCCUGGAACACCUCCAGGGAUGGGGCAGCCACAGCUUCCCUGGGCAACCUGGGCCAGGGCCUCACCACUCUCAUGGUGAAGAAAUUCCACCUUACAUCAAGCCUAAAUCUGCUCCUCUCCCAUUUAUACCAAUUCUCGCUAGUCCUAUGACUACAAGACUUUAUGAACAGCCCCUCUUCAGCUUUCCUGUAGCCCCUUCAGGUACUGGAAGGUCCCUCUAAGGUCUCCUCAGAGCCUUCUCCUCUCCAGGCUGAACAACCCCAACUCUCUCAGCCUGUCCUCGUAUGGGAGGUGCUCCAGCCCUCGGAUCAUCUUUGUAGCCUCCUCUGGACCCAUUUCAACAGCUCCAUAUCCUUCUUACGUUGAGGAUUCCAGAACUGGACACAAUACUCUAGAUGAGGUCUCAAUGUCUUGUGCUAAUUAUUAAUGUCUUCUGCUAAUUAUUUAACGUGGCCUUGUACGAGUGCAGCUGUUGGUAAGGUUAACAGCAAGCGGAGCCGGGCUGUUGCAGUGCCAGGGCACCAAGCUCUUUACAACAGUGUAUGGCAAGAGGAUGAGAGACACCUGCAUAACCAGGGCUGUUUGCACAAGAUGUUUGCCUCAACAGCAGUGGCAUCAGGGCAGAAACCCCCCAGCAGCUCCCAACAAAAUCCAGAGUCUGGCAUCGGACCUUUCCUAGCUAGGGAAGGACACCAUUACCCUGCAAUUCAAGCACCUUCUUGUAGAGGAGGUAAAUGUCUCCACUGCCAGAAGGUGGCAUUUGUGCUUUGCUUAUCAUAGAAUCAUAGAAUCACAGAAUCACCAGGUUGGAAAGGACACACUGGAUCAUCGAGUCCAACCAUUCCUAACACUCCUUUAAACCAUAUCCCUAAGCACGUCAUCCACCCGUUCCUUAAACACCUCCAGGGAAGGCGACUCAACCCCCUCCCUGGGCAGCCUCUGCCAGUGGAAUUAUAAUUACUUUCCAUGCAACCAUAAGGGCAGCCUGGUGCGAUGGGACAACCUCUCAGGCAUGAGAGACCACCCAAAAGCGGGCUGUAGGCAGGUAACCAGUAAACUGAUGGCCUGUGGGGAGGCAGCACGGGGGCAGAAGCAAUGUUGCUGGUGUUGAUACAACAGAAGAGCUGCUCUGGGCUGGUGGCACUCGGGGGUCUCCUGGACCAGUGCUGAGGUGAGCUGCAGGAACAGGUAAACCAGUCCCACCUCAGUAAAUCAGGUCUGGCAAAUCCCAGAGCAAGCUGCUGGGCUGCUGCAGUCCUUACAGAUCAGUUCAUGGCACAGCACGAGUGAUACCACCCAAAAUAAAGAUCACCAGU